GACCGCAAAGGAUUACGGUCGUUCCAACUGUGCCGUCUAGAACAAACCCUGUCCCCUGUUGUAGUCCGGCUCAUAUUGCUCAAGAAGGGCAGACCACCGCUGAUCCACCUUACGGCAAGGACAUUCGUGAAGUGACCUUAUAGUGUUUUUGUGUGUGAUGCACGAGUAACCAACACACGUGUUGUGCGAAAAGCGAUGACCGAAGCGUGACCCAAGAGUGAACCCGGUGAAUGUGCCUUACGACGGUGCUGCUGUGUCUGGUGCAUCAGUGUUUCAGCAGCAACCGCUCGCGCCAAACGACGGCCGGUGACGUGCGGGGACGCACGCCGGUACUCGAGUUAGUGUUCUAUCGGCUGCCCCGUGUCCACGCACCGCAACGACGAUGGACAGCUCCCGCAAGCCGGUAAAGCGGAACCCACGCAAGGGAGCAUUCUGCCUGUCGCAGCUACUCUUCGGCUGGCUGCUUCCCUUGUUCUACCGUGGAUCGCGCCGCGGUCUUGGCAAGGAUGAUCUGACAAAGUGCCUGAAGGCGGAUCGGUCCGAGCAGCUUGGCGAUCGGUUAGAGGAACAAUGGGAACGGGAGCUAUCGCAGGCUCGAAUCGCUAACCGGAAUCCCAAGCUCCGGAAUGCCCUUUUCCGAACGUUCUACAAGCAGUGUCUGUUUGAUGGAUUUCUCAUCUUCCUGUUCGUCCUUAUCAAAACAAUCCUGCCGGUCGUGUUGGCCCAGCUGCUGGUGCAGUUUCAGGAACCGACCAACUCCACACAUGUUGCGGUGCCCAAUUUUAAUGACAGCUUCAUCAGCACACUGCCACCGAUGGCCAUGCCGCUGAUGAUGGGACCGCAAACCACGCGCUCGCAGCUGGAAAAUCUCGUGUUCGACGAGACCGCAAUGAUUAACAAACGCAGACGAAAGCGAAAAAUCAGUGACGUGAAUGGAGCAUCCUCCAAUGCUGCCGGAAACAGUCUCGAUGGUGGUAAACCGGCCCCGAACCAGGAAGAAGCUGAUCCUACGACCGUGUUGCCUGAUAUUGGUUUGCCUCCGGUGGGCGAUGAACUCUCGGCAGUGGCCGCCAACCAGACGCUGAUCGACGAUCUGUCCGACUUUCUGCAUCAUGCGUGGAACGACGCAUUCUGGCUGUCUGGAUUGUUGGUGCUAUUGACGCUGUUCGGAUGCUUCUGCAGCCAUCACUCCGAUCUGCGCGAGCGAUUGAUCGGUGCGCGGAUGCGUAUCGCCUGCUGCUCGGUGAUCUACCGGAAAACGCUUCGCAUGUCGAAGAAAGCCGCCGGACAAACGCCGGCUGGCUACAUGAUCAAUCUGCUGUCGAACGAUGUGAGCCGAUUGGAUUAUGGCUUUAUCUACGUGCACUAUGUGUGGGUGCUGCCGUUCCAGGCUUGUUUCACCUGCUACCUAAUCUGGCGUCGGGUGCAAUGGGCCGCGAUCGUCGGCGUGGUGGGUCUGCUGGUAAAAACCAUCCCCGUACAGACCGGGCUCAGCCGGCUGAGCUCGAUCAUUCGGAUGCGUGUGGCAAAGAAAACGGAUCAGCGUGUCGGCAUCAUGAACGAGCUGAUCCAGGGCAUCCAGGUGAUCAAGAUGUACGCGUGGGAGAAACCAUUCCACAAGGUCGUGUCGAUCGCGCGCAAGAAGGAGGUACGCCAGAUCCGGUGGGCCUCGUACAUCCGAGGCAUCUACCUCAGCACCAUGGUGUUCACGGAGCGCUCGACGCUGUUCCUCGCGAUAGCGUGCUGCGUGAUCGAAGGUCGGGCCAUCACCGCCGACAUCGUGUUCCCAAUGGCGCAGUUCUUUAACAUUCUCCAGCUGACGGCAGCCAUUUUCUACCCGCUGGCCGUAUCACUCGGUGCCGAGGCGCUCGUUUCGAUCGAUCGCAUCCAGGAAUUCCUCGCGCUACAGGAACACGAUCCACAGUCCGGCACGUCCGGGCUGAAGCGAAACCUUAACGAGUUGCACCAGUCAACCGAAGACCCGACUAGACCGGCACUCGAGUUGCAGAACGUGACGGCCAGCUGGGAGGAAACGACCGAGAAGACGCUAAAGGACAUAAGCGUCUCGAUUGGCGCCGGGAAACUGCUAGCCGUGAUCGGGCCGGUUGGGGCGGGUAAGAGUUCCCUGCUGCAGCUUUUGUUGGGCGAGUUGCCUAUCCAAAACGGGACGGCCACUAUCAACGGGUAUGUGUCGUACGGGUCACAGGAACCGUGGCUCUUCACCGGCACCGUGCGGAACAACAUUCUCUUCGGGUUACCGUACGAUCGGCAGCGUUAUCAGGCGGUUGUGCGCCACUGCGCUCUCACGACCGAUUUUCAGCAACUACCCGAUGGCGAUAAAACCGUCGUUGGCGAGCGGGGUACUUCGCUUUCCGGUGGCCAACGGGCUCGUGUAAGCCUGGCUCGGGCGGUAUACAACAAUGCAUCAAUCUAUCUGUUAGAUGAUCCACUUAGUGCGGUCGACUCGCACGUCGGCAAGCAUCUGUUCGAUGAGGUGAUCGGACCGCGAGGCUACCUUGCGCAAAAACAGAAAGCCACCCGAGUGCUGGUGACGCACCAGGUGCACUUCCUACAGGAAGCCGACUGGAUCGUGAUUAUCGAGGGUGGUAAGAUCGUUACGCAGGGAACCUACACUGAACUCGCCAACGGGAAGGUCGAUUUCGGGAAGCUGCUCAACUGUGGCGGCAAGAGCCCUAGCGAGCAAGAGGAGGAUAUGCUUAGCUCGGAAAUUCCCGAGGACGAGAUUCCAUUCAUCGAUGGUGUUACCCUCGAUGGGUACAAGCUACUAAAAGGCAGCUCCAUUUCACUGCGUGGAGCUACACCGAACUCGUGUUCAAGCGUGGCGGAAAAUCUUGGCCGACAAGUUGCCGAAGAUCAGGCCGAGGGCAGCAUAUCGUGGCGAGUGUGGGCAACGUACUUCCUGUCCGGAGGAAACAUUCUCAUGCUGCUGUUCACUCUGUUCAUGCUGCUGUUCUCGCAGGCCAUUGUCAGUGGAUCGGAUUACUUUGUCACGUACUGGACGCGUGAAGAGGAGGAACGGCUGAUAAACCCGGCCACCGUUCCCACAUCCACCGUUGACUAUCUGUACACUUAUGGCGUGAUCAUAAUCGGGGUGGUACUAUUUACCAUCUUCCGUGGGUACCUUUUCUUCAACAUUUGCAUGAAGGCGUCGAGGAAUCUUCAUGAUCGCAUGUUCGCCCGCAUACUGACCGCCCCGAUGCGUUUCUUCGACACGAAUCCAUCCGGGCGUAUCCUGAAUCGGUUCUCGAAGGAUAUGGGUGCGAUUGACGAGCUGUUACCGAAGGCUAUGAUUGAAGCCAUCCAGAUCCUGCUGGUCAUGUGCGGAAUCCUGACGAUGAUCACGAUUGUCAAUCCACUGCUUCUGUUGCCCCUGCUCGGCGCGGUGUUGUUGUACGCGGUGGCACUGAAACUGUACCUCCGCCCGAUACAGGAUCUGAAGCGAUUGGAAGGAAUCACUCGUAGUCCGGUGUUCUCGCACCUUUCGGCCACACUAUCCGGGCUGUCCACCAUUCGUUCGAGUAAUGCGCAGGAAAAGAUUCGAGAGGAAUUUGAUGAUCUGCAGAACGUGCACUCGGCCGUCUGGCAGCUGACAAUGGCCAGCAAUGCGGCACUGGGGCUUUGGUUGGAUUGCAUCAGUACGGCGUUCGUGGGCUGCGUAACGUUUAGCUUCAUCGUACUUCAUCAAGACACUUACAGCGCUAACGUCGGUUUGGCCAUCUCACAGGCACUCAUACUGACGGGCAUGGUUCAGUACGGCAUCCGACAGACGACGGAAUCGAUCCAACAGAUGACGGCCGUCGAGCGCGUUGUUCAGUACACGGAAAUCCCAUCGGAGCAGGACCCUCCGAAGGUGCCACCAGGCGACUGGCCGUGGAAGGGUCAGAUCCAGUUCCAUAAUAUGUCGCUGAGCUACGAACAGGGCACGCCACCGGUGCUGAAGAACCUCGAGCUGGUCAUUGAGCCGACGUGGAAGGUGGGAAUCGUGGGGCGCACUGGUGCCGGCAAAUCUUCCCUCAUCGGCGCACUGUUCCGGCUUGCGCGGAUCGAUGGGCGCAUCAUGAUCGACGGCAUCGAUACGGGAGUGAUCUCGUUGGAAGCGCUACGUUCGAAAAUCUCCAUCAUCCCACAGGAUCCGGUGCUUUUCAGUGCCACGAUCAGGUACAACUUGGAUCCAUUCAGUCUGUACGAUGACGACAUGCUGUGGCGCGCAAUCAGUGAGGUAGAGCUGCGAUCGUCAAUCAGUGGCUUGGACUACAUGGUGACGGAGGGAGGAACGAAUUUCAGCGUAGGCCAACGGCAGCUUAUCUGUCUGGCUCGGGCCAUCCUACGUAACAACAAAAUACUGGUGCUCGACGAAGCAACGGCAAACGUGGACCCACAGACUGACGCACUUAUACAGAAAACGAUCCGGGAGAAAUUCAAACACUGUACAGUGCUAACCGUCGCCCAUCGGCUGCACACGGUCAUGGACUCCGACCGUAUAUUGGUGAUGGACGCUGGUGUCGCACGGGAGUUCGAUACGCCACACAACCUGCUGCAGCAGGAAGACAGCAUACUGAAGGAUAUGGUCGAUGCGACGGGCCCAUCCGAGUCGGAAUCUCUGAAGCGUAUCGCGGCGGAAACCUUUGCCCGUAUGGAUCCGAACCGCCAUCUCAUGAACGAUAUGCCGAAUCCGUGGCGCUUCAGUAAAGAGACGACAUCGCAGUGAAUGCAUUGAAGCGCAUACCUCAAUCGCAUAGCACUAUUGUGCAACGCAACUGCCUCUUUCACGGUGUGCCCCAAAUCUAGGAACAACCAACAGCAAUGUAACAACGAACAAUCAUUAACUGAAGCCAUGCAGGGAUUUUUUAAGGCCUUUUAUAGAUGUUCUCUGCUAUUGUAAAUGCUUUUGUAGUGUGUUUUUGAUGUUUUGGUUUAUCGUUUACGGUUAAUUCUACUUACGUUAUGGUACUUUACUUAUAACCUGGAACAACGGAAAACUAAAUGUACUUUAAAAACGCUAAGUAUCGCGCUUCCGAUUUAGGCAUUGCCAAACGUUUACAGUGAAUAAAGAUCGAUAUUUUCUUAAGACUA